UGGAUUCACAUGGGUGAAGCAACCAAGUCUGAAGAACAUUUUUUGUGUGUGGGGGAAACCGGCUGUAGCGGACAUGUAGCUAGUGCAUUACGACCGCUCUGUGUUUGAAUCAAUCAUAAAUACUUGUUUCUUACUUGAGUGUAUUUUAUCCAGUAAAUUGACGUAAAAGGACGGGGUUGCUAAGUUGCUCGCGUUCUAUCACUGUAGCUAGUUCGUGUGCGAUGGUUUGUCGGUUUAGCCAUCUUCCUAGCUGCUGACAGUGGUCUGAAGGCUGCUGUUCUGUUGCGGUGGUGAGCUACCCGAAGAAGCGGCCCUGACCAUAACGUUAGCUAGCUGGCUUUAUCCAAGUGUCUGUUUGUCGACCACCUCGGCCGUUGCAUUGGAUUGUCUGCGCAUUGCUGGCUGGCUAGCUAGCUACCUAACGUCGUCUGGCUAAACAGAGCGGAAAGUCAUCUGUCAUAUGCAGAUAUGACAGCCAACUAGCUAGCUAGCCAGCUAACUUCGCUCUUUAUCCAUGGAAUACAAAUGGGUUUCUUUUUGGAGUAUGGACCUACGAUUGAUGGCGUGCCUUUGAGUCUACGGUAACCCACAAUAGUUGUAAUAAGAAAAGCAUCCAAUGCAAAAGUAUUGAAAGCAAACCUCCAUUAUGGAUUUCAGCAAAUCGUUGACCUUGUGGAUUGCAUGCUUAUGCCUCCUGAGGGAAAGCUGGACGGUACAAGCCAGCUCAGACCACCAUCAUAUUGAUAAUGGCGUGUCAGAACUCUGUCGCAUCGAUGAGCCUCCGUGCCACGAUGAAAAUACCAUCCUCAGCUUCGAGGCCAUCCGCAGUAUCCACAAGCAGAUGGAUGACGAUGCUAAUGGCAAUGUGGAUGUGUCAGAGACGGACGGGUUCCUGAGGGAGGACCUGAACUACCACGAUCCCAAAGCCAAGCACAACAGUUUCCACGGAGAUGACCAGUUCAUCAGUGUGGAAGACUUGUGGAAUACCUGGAAGGGUUCUAAAGUGUACAAUUGGACAGUGGACGAUGUGGUGUUGUGGCUCACCCACGUGGAGCUGCCGCAGUAUGUGGACGCCUUCCGCAAGAUGCACUUCAACGGGACUGUCAUGCCCAGGCUGGCUGUGAAGAACGCCACCCUGACAGUGUCCAUUCUGAAGAUGCUGGAUCGCAGCCAUGUUCAGAAGCUGCAGCUCAAGGCCUUGGACACUGUGCUGUUUGGAGCCCCACUCAUGAACACUCAUAACCACCUGAAGGACUUCAUGCUUGUGGUGUCCAUAGUGAUCGGCAUUGGAGGUUGCUGGUUCGCCUACAUCCAGAACCGUUACUCUAAGGACCACAUGAAGAAGAUGAUGACGGACCUGGAUGGUCUACAGAGGGCUGAGCAGAGCCUGCAUGAUCUGCAGAAGAAGCUGCAGAUAGCCCAGGAGGAGCACCGUACAGUAGAGGUGGAGAAGGUGAACCUGGAACAGAAGCUGAGGGAUGAGAUCAACUGUGCCAAGCAGGAGGCCCAGCGGCUGAAGGAGCUCCGCGAGGGCACCGAGAACGAGCUGAGUCGGCAGAAAUACGCAGAGGAGGAGCUGGACCAGGUGCGCAUGGCCCUGAAGAAAGCAGAGAAGGAGCUGGAGUCUCGCUGCAGCUGGUCCCCACCAGAGUCCCUCCAGAAGUGGCUCCAGCUCACCCAUGAGGUGGAGGUGCAGUACUACAACAUCAAGAAGCAGAACGCUGAGAAACAGCUACUGGUGGCGAAAGAAGGGGCAGAGAAGAUCAAGAAGAAGAGGAACACCAUAUUUGGGACCUUCCAUGUGGCACACAGCUCCUGUCUGGAUAAUGUGGAUCACCAAAUUCUGACAGCCAAACAAGCCCUGGGUGAGGUGACUGCUGCUCUGAGGGAGAGGCUGCACCGCUGGCAGCAGAUUGAGAUUCUGACUGGGUUCACCAUCGUCAACAACCCUGGGCUUACCUCCCUGGCCUCCACCCUGAACCUUGACCCCAGCAUCAUGGGUGGCCGGGCCACGCCCCAGCACUUCAUUAUGUCUGAUGACAUGGACGACAUGGACGAGGACAUCAUAUCGCCCGGAACUCUGCAAUCUCCCAGUAUGAUGUCCCUGCGUCAGCGCCACAUGGACUCCCAGCUGGCCAUGGGCUCUCAGAGGUUGGUAGAGACCUGCCUGUUGGCGGGGCAGCAGGGAGACUGCACCUCUUACCCAUCCAGGUCUAGGGCCACCCUCCAACAGUCACACAGCCAGUCCUUCCAACAGUUUGAGGCUCUCCCCCUGCCUCCCCUGUCCUCGGCUGUCUCGCACCCCUCGAUCAUCUGCUCCUCUCCACCUCCUCCUUACCGUCAGCCCCACUCCUUCCACUCCUCCUCCUCCUUACACACCUCCGCUCCUCAUUCCUCCCAUGUCUAUCACUCGUCUUAUUUUCAGCCCAUGGACACCAUCCCAGACUUCCAGCGCAGCAGCAGCUUCGGGGAUCUGAACCGCUCAGACUCAGACUCCUCCCUGUCUCUCUCCCAAAUCGGUGAUCGUCUGUCCGCCUACAGCUCCAAGGGCCACCUGGUGAAACCCACCCCCUUACUGUAUGGUCCCCCUGUCCGCUGCGCCUCCGACGAGCCCUCCCUGCAUGCCCACACACCUAACGGAGGGAACCGUGUCCACGAGGGAGGAGCCCAGACCGAGCCAGUCCCCGAGAGCCCCAUCCUGAUGAAGAAGGUGUACAGCAUCGAGAAGUCAGCCAGCCUGGGAGAGAUGGACGUUGGCCUCAUCGGUAUGUCCAUGUCAGAGUCCUCCUGCUCCCUCAGCCUCAACUCCACCGAUGCCGACACCCCCUCCCCCACGGGGGGCCAGCCUGGGGCUGCAGGGGCCAAGGGAAGCAGCCGUAUCCCUCAACUCUCCUCCAAGAAGAGCCCUCUGGAGGAAGACAGCGGCUCCACGGGAGAAGACACAGACUCCGUCGCCAGCCGUAAGAAACACACCUUCAAGAUCUUCAAAAAACAGAAGAAAUAAUGACAAGGGCUACUGAAGACUUUUAAAGAGCUAUUAAAGGUGUUUCACUUAUUAUUAUUUCUGUUUUGGAAAACUUGUUUUGGGUUGUUCACUGGUCACAAGCGAUGGCGCAAAUCUUUGCCUUUAGGGUUUUCUAGGUACUUCCUCUGAGGGACUGUGGGAGCAAGCAGCUAUUCAAUGAUGUUUGCAAUGGGUGGUGUUGUAUAGUGGAAUGUAAGCACUAUUUAUUUAGCAGGAAAGUGUGCCAGUCGCUCAGAGGGAAACAAGUCUCCUGGAUGGAUGUCUUCUGUUUUACUUCAACCUGUAUCAGUUUGCAUGUCUUCACCUUUGUUUGACUGAUAUUUUCUGGAUUAUCUUAGGUGUGUGCUUGGUUCUUGUCCUUAUUCUGCUUAGACAACACUUAAAAACUCA